UAAUUUAGUUAAUCAACCAAAGGGUUCUACAUCAACAUGCAUUUUCUGAAUAAUAACUAUGAAACUGUUUGGCAUUACAGACUGAUUGCUGUCCUCCUUUUUUUUUUUUUGACACACUCAUCAAAAUUACAAAGCGAAGAUCUGGGACACUACAAAACCAGAGAAGCCAAGAGCUGUACUCUGCACGUACAGGUCAAACCACUCCUCAACUAUGACCUCAUAAUACAGGAUGUGUAUUAAAACGGACAGUUCCUGCUUUAAAAUAUUUUAAGUGUGUAAUACUAAGAGGAAAGGCAGCAGCUUUCAAGCAUAUUGAAACAAAAGAAAACCACGUUAUUUUCAUAAUAUACAACCAUCAACCGCAUGAAAACUAAACACGAAAUAUAAGUUAUACAUUCGAAACACAAACCUAACAGAAGGCCGUCCAUAUCAAAAAUAACGUGGGAGACAGGUUGGAAAGGCAUCAGUGAAGCAGUAAAUAUUCGAUUUAUAAUUAUAAGAUCAAAUUGCUUUAUAUCCACGCUAGAAACAAGGAAGUAAAUGCUGCAACUGUAAAGCCACCGGUUAUGACAGCCAGCAAGUAGGGGGACGACUAAAAUCUAAACCAGGAUUUUCAAUUCUUACGUAUAAACAAAUGCGUGUUGGAAGGGCAAGAUUAUGGUACCAACAUUUUUGAUUCAUAUGAUUCACUAAGAUGUUGUUACCUAUUUCUCAUAUAACUUUAAAAGUUUCUCAAUAUCAGAAACAGUGAUGGCAAAAUCCGUGAGGGCGACGAAACAGUUCAAAUGACUCCAGGGUGCAGUACCUGGGAGUUGGCCCUACUUUCUCAGCAUUUGUAAAACAUUCUUUUAACAGAAAAAUGAAACUUGUACUGCUAGCAUUCUUGCUUCCAUGGAUCACAGGUGCACAACAUACAAAGACCAGACCCAAUUUUGUGGUUUUCAUGCUAGAUGAUGUUGGCAUCGGAGAUAUAGGAUGUUAUGGCAACAAAACACUGAGAACUCCUAAUAUUGAUAGAAUAGCAAACGACGGAGUGAAGCUUAACCACCACAUUGCAGCUGCUCCACUUUGUACACCAAGCCGAGCUGCUUUUUUAACAGGACGCUAUCCAGUUAGAUCAGGUGUUGCAAGUUUGGGGUCUGUUGGCGUGUUCCUAUUUUCUGCCUCCUCUGGAGGGCUUCCUGCUGAAGAGGUGACAUUUUCCAAGCUGUUAAAGGAGGAAGGCUAUUCUACAGCACUUAUAGGAAAAUGGCAUCUUGGCAUGAACUGUAAUACAAGGGAUGAUCUUUGUCAUCACCCUCACCAUUAUGGCUUUGACUAUUUCUAUGGCAUGAUAAUGACAAACUUGAAGGACUGCAUACGAGGAUGUGGCAGUGUGAUUUCAUCAGGACUCCGACGCCGCUUCACCGUGCCGACUUCUUAUCUUGUUAUUACGUUAAUCACCUUGGUGACAUUACAUUAUGCAGGCCUUUUCAGAGUGACUUGGCGAGUUAUAUUCUAUGGAAUUAUAAUAGUUAUACUUUUACUAGCACUUUUACAGAUUUUUAUAUAUAAUUUAAGAAAUCUGAACUGCUUCCUAAUGAGGGAUCAACAGAUUAUCCAGCAGCCAUUUUCUGUGGAAAAUUUGACUCGGAGAAUGACAAAUGAGGCUAUUAACUUUAUGCAAAGAAAUGAAAACAAGCCAUUCUUUCUCUUUGUGUCAUUCAUCCAAGCACAUACGGCACUUUUUGCCUCCCCUGAUUUCAGAGGUAAAAGCAUGCAUGGAUUGUAUGGAGAUGCUGUGGAAGAAGCAGACUGGAGUGUCGGACAGAUACUGGAUGCCAUUGAAAAAAUGGGCCUUAGAAACAAUACCUUUAUCUACUUCACCUCUGACCAAGGAGCACAUGUUGAAGAAGCUGCUGCCACUGGUGAAAAGCAUGGGGGAUCAAAUGGCAUUUAUAAAGGAGGAAAGUCUACAAACUGGGAAGGAGGUAUUCGGAUCCCAGGUCUGUUUCAAUGGCCUGGAGUGAUACCAGCAGGCACAGUCAGUGAUGAACUUACAAGUAAUAUGGACAUUUUCACAACAGUUGUCAAACUUGUUGGAUCUUCAUUACCCAGUGACAGGAUUAUAGAUGGCCAUGAUCUUAUGCCCUUGCUUCAAGGAAAAAUUCGGACUUCUGAGCAUGAAUUCCUCUUCCAUUACUGUAAUGCUUAUUUAAAUGCUGUGCGCUGGCACCCAAGACAUAGUAAUUCUAUUUGGAAAGCUUUUCUCUUCACACCAAAUUUUUAUCCAGAGGGCUCAAAUGGCUGUUUUAAUACGCAUGUCUGCAUGUGUAUUGCACCGUUUGUUACUUACCAUGAUCCACCUCUGUUAUUUGACCUCUCCAAAGAUCCGUCGGAGACAACACCUUUAACUCCAGAAACUGAACCGUAUUUUCAUGACAUCAUACAAGUCAUCCAUCAAGCAGUAGAAAACCAUACAAAAACUGUGCAGAAGGUUCCUAACCAACUGUCUUUUAACAAUCUAAUCUGGAAGCCUUGGCUGCAGCCUUGUUGCUCAUCUUUAUCGGAGUUCUGCUACUGUGACAGAGAGGGAGGUCAAGCAUAAUCUCUUUUUGUGGUGCUUUUUUUUGUUCACAUUUAUUAAUUUAGUAUGGAAUUAAGUAACUCCCUAGUUGAUCUUAAUUGCUUAGUGAUGAAUCUUUCAUUGUCUUGUGAGAUUAUAGGAACAUAACUGCCCUGGAUUUCAUUUUGCAUUUACCUUCCGCACACAUGCAUAACCAUUUUGUGAAUUAACCUGUAUUACAGAAGUAGAAUAUGUGAAACUUGCUGCAGCAUAGAAAAUUUGGGCAUAUGAUUUCUGGUAUUAAUUUCAUCAUCAUCAUUUUUUGUAGAUAAUGCCUAAAUUAAUUGCUUGCAACAUUGUUAAGCUUGUCAGUUUGUAAUAUGAAUAUAACUGUAUGGUUACUUGAAUAUAAUAAUAAUUUUUUUCUUAAUUUUUGCCUCCAUCAUAACUGGCCAUCAGCUGUUCCCAGUACCUGUGCUUGUUCAACAGGUAUAAAGAAGCCUCCCAACCUCUCCAGACUAACUCUAACCAAGUUUGAGGCCAGGGAGGAGAGGAAAUCAAAGCAUCCUGAGGUAGUGUCCCACUGCUGCAGAGGAAGUGCUUGGUCCUUUUUAUUUUCCCUUAGCCUCUGUGUGUGCCCAUUAACAUGCUGUGGGUGGGAUGUGUAGAGGGCAUCAGUGCUGCACCAUCCCUCAUUUCUACAAAGGGCUUUUGUCAGCAGGACUGCCCUGCCCACCCACUGGCAGCAUCACACAUUUGCUUCUGUAAGCUCCAUCAUGGAAUUCUAUCCAUGCAAGUGUGCCUCAGGCUUGCAUGCCCCACCCUGAAAAUGGGCACACCCAUCCUCCCUGGCUACAUUGCCAUUCAAACUCUGAUAUCCUGGAUAUUAUUCAGGGUUUUAUCUUUGCAUGUUGGGGAACAAGCUACCUGAAUGUAGUUAGUGAGGUCACCUUUGGAGGCGGUAUUGUCAUGCUCAUUAACAUUUUAUGAAGUCCAUACUGUCAACAAAUAGUAUAUGGAGUAUUUUGAAUUGUACUCUUGUUUCACUUGUUUAAGCACCUCUUGUGAAAAUAUGUAUUUUAGUUAUUUAUAAUGAAGAUGUAUUCUAUUUCUUCAAGUUCAUGUCAUCCAUUUUAAGGGAUCUUGACUGGACCAGUCUCCCAGUUUUGCGAUGUUAUUUGUUCUUUUUAAGUACGAAUUUAUAAUUAUGUAAGUCAUCAGGUACUGUAUAUCAUUUCCUUUGCCAGCAUUAUCACUUUUGUGUGUACAGUAUUUAUUUCUUUACACAUUUUUAUUUAUCUAGUACAUUCUAAAUGGUGCAUUUAAGCGUCUCUUUGUCACUACUGUAUAUCUUACUUUCAUUGAGGCUGAUGUUCCUGCUGUAGUUUAUUGAAUGGGGACAGAUGCACUGAGCCUAAAAUUGCUUGGACAUAAUCAUGUAAUACUGGAGUGGCUUUAGAAGGAUUUGUAUCCGGGUCAUUUUUUGACCUUCAUGACAGUUUUAGAAAGUUGGAUUUACAUUUCUGAUGAAGAGUGCCCCACCACAUGAAAGGAGAUAUGAUUCCUUAAACUAAUACAAGUUUACAUGGUCUGCAUAUGAGUAUAAGGACCCACACCGUGUAUGUGUCAUCUGUAGGGCACAAAUCCAGGUAUGCUGACCUGCAUUCCGUACUUUAAAGUCUGUGCCGCAUUACAUCUUUUUGUCAAAAUUCAUUACACUGAAUUUUAGUCUUCCGAAGCACUUAACUUGUAAUGUACACUAGUAGUUUGACAUUUGUGUGUCUUAAUUAACAAGUAUCUGACAUAUUGAGCUCAUCUGUUCUACAUCCACUGGAAAUGUAUGUUUUACAGUUUCUUUGUUCUUAAGACAGAAUACUAUAUAUUAAAUUUGUGAAAUAAUGCAGUUGAAUAGAAUAAAUCUUUGUACCAGGUGCUGUAAUUCUGUGUUUAGUUAGAUAAUGACUUUUUUUCUGCUGUGCACUUUAAAUUAAUUGAAGAAUAUCCACAAGUAUAAUUAAAGUAUGGACACUGAAACACAGCACUUCAGUGUAGAAUAAGGCUCCAAUGACAGAGUACUUAUAAAAUAAUAACAAAGCUUUAUUUCAGAAUAAAAUAGGGUUAGCGCUUUCAUGGUCAAAUGAACCACUUCUUCAGACCAUUAGGAGAUGUCUUUUGGUUUAUCCCGGUUAGGGGUCACCUCAGUAGAUCACUCGUCUGCAGAUUGAAUGGCAGUGAUUUUUUGUGGUGUCAAGUCACCAGCCUGGCACCCAGCCUUCAAAGAAGGCGCACACACACACACCUGCAUGUCUUUAAAACUCACUCGACCACAGGAAGGACAUGCAUACUGUGCACAGAAGGCACACCAGCCGAGAAUCGAACCAGAGCACCUCUUGCUGUUAAGCGACAACACUAACUACUGCACCACCACAGCCUAGACCAUUAACAGAGACUAACACUUUAAAAUCAUUUUAUAGUACAUGGCAAACCAAUCAAAAA